UAAUUUUCUUCUUUGUUGUCUGUGACUCUGAGGGAGAGAGAACCUACUCAGACGAUCCCGCCAUACGAAAACCUCAGAAUGAUUUAAUUGGCCGCACGCUCUUUCUUCUCUCGCCGCUUCGCGAUCUUACCGGAGGAGUUUCGCCGCCGGAUUUUCACUAUUCCGCACAGAAGCAAGAGCGUUACAUCCGAUUUGAUAAUUACACUAAAUGGUGGUGAUAAGAGAAGACAAUAUUGCUGGAGCUCUUCGGCAUGUUAAAACUAUGGUCCAUGCUAAUAAACUGAGUGGGAGUCAUCUCCCUGUAGUUAAAAUAUCCAGAGGUCACUUUCCUCAUACAAAUUGGUCGGAACAUGCUAAGGCCUUUGAGUGUAUACCAUCCUUAAUUAAGUCUCUGAGCUCUAAUCUCCUCUACUCUCUGGAAAGUCAAAAGCCUAGAAGAAAUAGAGGAACAGCUUCAAGAUUGCCUAUAACUAUUUCCACUGACUUCAAAGAUAGUGCUUCACCACUCUUGAUCAUCUCGUUUUCCCAGCAUCGUUUGAAUCUUUGUGUCAUCACUUUUCCUCAUUCUGCAUAUAGGCCAAUUGACAACAUCAUCCCUGUAAAUGUGCAGACACGCCAACAAAUUGCAAAGGCUUGGUGUGCUCUCACAAAUCUCUCAAUAGAUAAUACCUACCUGAGACCUGGCAUUACUCCUGCAAUUGAUGCUAGCAGUACUAAUUGUACAUCUUCUACGAGAGGAAGAUCCACUGUUAAAGUUACAUCCAACGCUGAUGGAUCUUUCUACGCACACAAUCAUCAAGAGCAUAGUCAAAAGAGUGUAAGAGGAACUGCAGGAUCUUUUGACCGUUUCUCCUCCUCUUCCCCAGGUGAUGGUAAAUUAACUGCUGGUAAGGUUACACGGGUAAAUAACGAGGUAGACUCAGUAACCGGUUGUAAUUACAUAAAUGGUAUGGAGAUACAACCAGUCAGAAACUUCGCACUCCCAACUAGGCAGGUGGAAGCUAGUGUUAUUGAGAUUGAUGAUGAUGAUGACAUACUCAAGAAUAUUGACGUAGACCAAAUUGUGAUGGAACACUACCGUUCAACGAAUACCCUCCAACCAUCAGUAUCUAAGUUUCCACCAAUAGCUCCAUCUGUUAAUAUAUUUGCUUCUAGAGGAGAAGAAGAGCCCUGUUUGCCUCCUGAAUUAUCUUCCAACUGUAGUCAUGGAGUCAAGCUAGGGCUCUGUCUUGAAGCUUCCACCCAUUUGGAACAAAUGAAGAACACGCUGCUUGCAAUAUCAAAUCAACUAAUUGACGAUUCUACUGACCUGAGCGUUGAUCAUUUUGAACAGCUCUGUCAAGAGAGGUUACUGUUGAAAAAGCAAAUUCAGCAGCUCGAGAUCCUUGUCCAAAAUAAAGAAAGGAAAAUGUCAUCUACUCCUCAUAUUUUCCAGUAUGAAACAUCUCAAACAACAAACCACACGGGGGAUUAUGUGCAAACAGAUUCUCGAGCUCAUGUAAAAGAACAAGGCAGUUAUGUAAGUGAUAACUGGAAUAUGCCAAGGGACUGUUUAUUUUCUGAAGAUAGGCGCGGUCUUUCAUCUGGCCCUGUCGAGAGGGAACGAUAUGUUCCCAAGAUCAUAAAUGUCACUUAUACUGAUGGUUCAAAUGACAAAAAGUGGAGCAGUCGAGAUUUUCCUUGGACGAAGAAUCUGGAGGUCAAUAACAAAAGAGUGUUUGGAAACCACUCAUUUCGACCCAACCAAAGAGAGAUCAUUAAUGCUACAAUGAGUGGUUGUGAUGUUUUCGUUUUGAUGCCAACUGGAGGAGGGAAAAGCUUGACAUAUCAGCUCCCCGCUCUGAUCUGUGCAGGAAUAACAUUAGUCAUUUCUCCACUUGUUUCACUCAUUCAAGACCAGAUAAUGAACUUGUUGCAGACCAAUAUACCUGCAGCUUCCUUAAGUGCCGGAAUGGAUUGGGCUGAACAACUAGAGAUACUUCGGGAGCUGAGCUCUGAGAAUUCUAAAUACAAGUUACUGUAUGUCACACCGGAAAAAGUGGCAAAAAGUGAUUCCCUUUUGAGGCACCUUGAAAGCUUAAACUCCCGUAGUUUGCUUGCUCGAUUUGUUAUCGAUGAAGCUCAUUGUGUGAGUCAGUGGGGGCAUGACUUUCGACCAGACUACCAGGGUCUUGGUGUUCUGAAGAAGAAGUUUCCUAACAUUCCCAUGUUAGCUUUGACAGCUACUGCAACUGCCAGCGUAAAAGAAGAUGUUGUGCAAGCUCUUGGCCUGGUUAACUGUGCUGUGUUCCGGCAAAGUUUUAAUCGGCCAAAUCUAUGGUAUUCUGUUGUUCCGAAGACAAACAAGUGCUUGGAAGAUACUGAGAAGUUUAUUAGGGAAAACCAUUUUGAUGAAUCUGGCAUUAUUUAUUGUCUUUCAAGAAUGGACUGCGAAAAAGUCACUGAAGCGUUGCGGAAGCUUGGCCAUAAAGCAGCCUUCUACCAUGGCAAUAUGGAUCCUGCUCAACGUGCCUUUGUACAGAAUCAAUGGAGCAAGGAUAUAAUCAAUAUAAUAUGUGCCACAGUGGCAUUUGGAAUGGGAAUCAAUAAGCCUGAUGUUCGUUUUGUAAUUCAUCACUCUCUCCCAAAGUCCAUAGAAGGGUAUCAUCAGGAAUGUGGUCGUGCUGGUAGGGACGGCCAGAGGUCAUCCUGUGUUUUGUAUUACAGUUAUAGUGAUUAUAUUCGAGUUAAGCAUAUGAUUAGCCAAGGAGGAUUUGGCCAAGGCCCUACGACAAUGGCGUAUAAUCGCAUAGCAAAUUCAGGGAGGAUGCUUGAAACGAACACUGAGAACCUUCUCCGCAUGGUUAGUUACUGUGAAAAUGAGGUGGAUUGUAGACGUUUCCUACAGCUUGUUCAUUUGGGGGAACAAUUUGAUUCGACAAACUGCAAAAGCACAUGUGAUAAUUGUUCCAGCAGCAAAAGUUUGAUUGACAAAGAUGUAACUUUGAUUGCAAGGCAACUGGUUGAAUUGGUGAAGCUAACAGGAGAAAGGUUUUCUUCAGCUCAUAUUAUUGAACUCUACAGGGGAUCUUUAAACCAAACGGUCAAGAAACACCGACAUGAGACUUUGCACCUCCACGGAGCAGGAAAGCAUUUAGCUAAAAGUGAAGCCUCUCGUAUCUUGCACUAUCUUGUGACAGAGGACAUUCUCGCAGAGUAUGUGAAAAAAAGUGAUAUAUAUGGAUCUGUAUCGUCGUUGCUUAAGGUGAAUAGAUCAAAGGCCGUGUCAAUCUUAUCUGGAGGCCAGACUAUAACAAUGAGAUUUCCUUCGGCUGUAAAAGUAUCAAAGCCGAGCAAAUCCGGAGCAAGCGCAGCAAAAGUUACUCUAAAGCAAACUACUCUUCAAAUGGCACAUGCUCCCCCACAAGAUUCGAUUCUCUCCGAUGUCUUGCUCAGAGCCUUGAAAAAGCUUCGUGCCGAUAUAGUCAAGGAAGCCUCAAAUGGAGUCAUGGCACCAUACCAUGUAUUCGGCAAAACGACCCUUAAGCAGAUAAGUGAACGGCUUCCUAGAACCAAAGAGGAACUCCUCGAUAUCAAUGGUCUUGGAAAAGCUAAGGUGAGCAAGUACGGGGACCGUUUAUUGGAAGUUAUAGAAUCAUUCAUCAACGAGCAUUACAAAACCGGUAAGGAUGCUGGUCCUGGGUCAGGGAAGAGGAAAAGAGACGAGAACAUUAGUCCAAAUGUAGCAGCAGAAGAUGAUGAUUAUGAGUGGACUCCAAGUCAAUCCCACAAAAAGGCAGUGAAGAACAAAUAGUACAGAGUUCCCUGCUUGUUACUGAUGAUGGAAAUAUUAGUUACAAUUUGUUUGCUGCUAUACGAAUAUCCAACUCUUAUAACCUCAAACUGAAUGUGAAAAGCUAUAUAUUAUCGAUUCGUUAUAAUUCUUUUAUGGGCUUUUUUGUUCUGUAUGAUUAGGGCUUAUGAUUUUAUUUUAACAAAGAGAAAGAUGUUUCAUUUAUGAUCCUAAUUGCACAAAUUAGGCAAAGAAGAAUGGGCUAAAAGCCAAUUCCUUUUUGUUGAAACAUUACAUUUGCAAAGAAAA